AUGGUUGGAGACCGACUCAGAGAAUACCUUUUGGAGGAAGACUCGCUGCCUGGAGACAUUGCUCUUACUGUUGACGACGACGUUCCAAUGGAGGAUGCCAGAGAGGAGUACGAGUCAAACUAUGAACGCCCAUUCCUGGACAGUGCCUCCAGGACACUUUUCCAUACCCCGCGGGAUGAUAGCGAUACAUUGAACUCCACACGCUCCCUUUACGAUUCUGAUAUUUCUUACACCACGCUUUAUCACCGACGAUACGUCAAGGAUUAUUACAUGCCAAACGACGAAGAAGAGCAGACACGCACACAAAUCUUGCACAAUGUUUUCCUCUUUAUGCUGGAUCAAAAACUUACAACUGUUCCUCUCGACAACCCUCAAAAGAUCCUCGAUAUCGGUACGGGCACAGGCGAAUGGGCAAUGGCAAUGGGGGAUGAAUAUCCUGAUACAGAAAUCAUAGGAACGGAUAUAGCCAAGAUACAACCUACUGCCGCACCACUGAAUGUCUUCUUUGAAAUCGAUGACGCAGAAGAAGAAGGCGGCUGGAUGUGGGACGAGGAUGAGUUCGACUUUAUACAUUGUCGUUCUAUGCAAGGUGCUUUCAAGGAUUGGAAACACAUAUAUACGGAAGCUUUUCAUCAUCUAAAACCGGGAGGUUGGCUCGAAAUCAUUGAUUUUGACGACCAUGAAGCUCUUUUAUCGUACUUCAAAGAUGACCCAGUGGUCAUUGAAUGGUUACACACGGUACUCGAAGCUUCGAUAUUGUCAGGAAGGCCGAGGACAGCGUUGCAUCUAGAGCCGGAGCGCUUGACCGAACUCGGGUUCGUGGAUGCCAAAAGCACAAGCAAGAUCAUACCUAUAGGAAUAUGGCCGGAUGAUCCACUUGCUCAGCAAAUUGGGAAGCAAUUCUUGGUGACACAGCUCAGUGGAAUUGAGGCAGUUUCUUUGAGACUUCUUGUGGAGACUAUGGGGUGGGAUCUGGACGAUGCGGUGAAAUUAGUUGAAGAAGCGGUCAACGCUACAAGACGUGUCGCUUUAGAUUCGGAGAAUAGUCGAGGGAUUGGGUUCAAGGCCAAGAUACUGGUGGGGAGAAAACCUGACGGCACGGAAGCAGAUGACUCCUCCACAAAGACUGUGACGAACAUGAAUGAUGAGACUGUAUCUGGUACCUAA